UUGUGCUGAGAGAACUGAUGAGCACGACCUGAUACUGAGCAUGCGUGUAUAGGCUUGCACUUUUGACUUUCACAACAAGGCACGUAAGUUUCGUUUCUCCGCUGCCGCCGCCCACUGAGUCAGUUGUUUGUCGUCAGUUAUCGCGGCUCCCUCGACGUCUCACAAUGGCGGAAAAUAUGUCUCUACUUGGUCUCGAAGACGAGUUGACAUGCAGCAUUUGUUUAUGUCUUUUCGAGAACCCGGUGAGUUUAAUCUGUGGACACAGUUUCUGCGCCAGCUGUCUCGAAGCGACAUGGAAAGAUAAGUUAUUACCACUGUCCUGCCCUCAUUGCCGAAUGGCUUUCAGCAGUAAACCAGAACUCAAGAAGAACACCGUCCUCAGCGCGGUCCUGGAUGCCUACAGAAUAAAAGCGGGUGUCCCCGAACCCCUUAAGGAACCAUUUGAGGUGAAAAAGAAAGAUCCAGAUGAAAUGCAAUGUGACACCUGCAUGGAAGCCAAAGCGGUCAAAACAUGUCUGACUUGUAUGGCUUCUUAUUGUGAGGAUCAUGUUAGGCCUCACCAUGAGAAUGCUAUUUUCCGGGCGCAUCAGCUGUCUGACCCGCUCCCAGAUCUGAUGGAGCGUCUCUGUUCCGAUCAUGGCAAACUGAUGGAGUUCUACUGCGUUCAGCACCAGAGCUGCAUCUGCACCAAUUGUCUGCAGUGCGUUCAUAAAGGCUGUGAGUUCAUUACCGCAGAUGACCGGCGCUUUAAACAAAAGACUGACCUGACUGACAAGCUCAACAUCCUUGAAGACAAAACUGACAAGAAUCAGCAGGUUCUCACACAGAUGAAGGAGCAACAAACCAAAUUAAAAGAAUUAGCUACAACCCGCAAACGUAUGCUUGAGGUAGAAUACAGGCAGAUCAGAGAAGCGAUCGACCGUGAUGAGAAAGAGGCAAUGUUUGCUAUUGAUAAGGAACAGGAGAAAGGUCAGAGCAAACUGGUCUCCUUGAUGAAGAAAUUUAAUGAGAACAUCGAGAAGAUGAAUAGGACCAAAUCUGAGAUCAACACACUGUUGGACCAGUCGCAAUCCAUCACAUUCUUAAAGGCCUCUGUGGAUUUGCCCUCAGUGGUAAAUUUUGAGCCCCAUAACCCUCGCAUGACUGUUGAAAGUAAAGAGGUGAUAGCUUACCAUUCCUCUGCAGUUGCACUGAGGGAUUGGAUCACCAAAUUAAUGGAGCAGCCAACAGAGAACAGAAUCUUUGUACUUAAACCAGAGUUUGAAAAAUCUGUUCUUGGUUCAGGAAACCAAUUCUCAAUUCCUCCACUCCUGCCACAUCCAAGAGAGUAUCCAAGAGAUUUUGCUGUGAGCCAUGAGAUGUCACGUAUGAGUUCUCCCAGCCAAGCCUUCACCCCCAAAACCAAGGCUCAAGGAGCUAAACAGAAAAACAAGAUUCCUAAUAAAGAGCUUAAAGAUCACAAAGAACGUAAAGACCAGAAGUCAAACAGAUCCAGGAAUCCCUCUAAAGGAAUAAACCCUGCUUUCUCCAAAAGCAUGGAGAACUUGCUUGACUUCACACCUAAAACUGUAGACAUACCUGACAUAUCUCAGCCUCUAAGUUCACCGGCUGCGCAAAACUUUGUUAAAAGGAGUGAACUUCUUAAAUAUGGCACUAUCCUCAAUUUUGAUGUCAGAACAGCUCACAAGCGACUUUCCCUGUCUGAAAACAACACCAAAGCGACAGUUUCGGAUGACCCUGUUAACUAUCCAGAUAUUCCCCUUCGCUUUUCUGUCUGUUCCCAGGUGCUUUGCACAAAGGGUUUCUCUCAGGGCCGUCAUUACUGGGAGAUCAAAAUGAGCAGUAACAACUUCUGUGGAUUGGGCCUUGCAUACGGAAGAAUUGACCGCAAGGGUCCUGCUAGCCGCCUUGGGCGUAAUGCAGAAUCCUGGUGUGUGGAGUGGUUUAACAUGAAGCUUUCCGCAUGGCACAACAGCAUUGAGACGGUGUUGGCAAAUCCCAACCCAAGCCGUGUGGGCGUCCUGCUAGACUGCGAUCAGGGAAGUGCAACUCUCUAUAAUGUGCAGGACCGGUCCUUCCCCUUCCACACCUUCGUCUUCCCUUUCACUGAGGCUGUUUAUCCAGCUUUCUGGAUCUUCUCAAAUGGUUCUUCUGUGUCUCUGUGCAAGCUUAGCAACUGAAACUAUGAGGUUAACUGUUAUACAUUUUUAUUAAUGGAUGUUUUGUUCAUCUUUGCGACGCAAAGAAGUUUCUUUUUGUAAUUCUCUAAUCAUUUUGUCCAUCCAUUGAAAGUCCACACAAGCUUCAAGUUUAUAAAAAUAUCCAGUGAGGAUUGUUCUCGCAUCAAAACCCUCAAAGCAAGCAUAUUUGAACUUGUUCAUCAAGCAUGAUUGAGCUGCUGUUGACCGUAUUAGAUGCUAUGUGUGUGUUGGAUAUUGUUAUGUGAAUAAAAUCCUAAAUUAAAUUUGUUCAGCAUAUGAAGUGAUAAUUUCUCUUCAGAAGACUUGGAUUAAACUGCUGGAUUUAUAUGGAUUACUUUAACGAUGUCUUGAAGGUUGCCUUGACUUUAAAUGGAUGGACAAAAAUAUGCAAGUAUAUUAUAAGUAAAAAAUAAAUCUUAAUUUCUGUUGAAUUAAAGGAAAUCACAAGGGCGAGUAAAUGAAUACAGCACUUUCAUUUAUGGUGGAACUUUCCCUCUAUUUUUUUAUUACUAUUAUUAUUAAUUUGGUGUGUUUUAUUAUAUGAUUACAAUAUGGGUGUCUUUCAAAGGACCUUGGCAGACAAUAAAGCCAGGGUUGUCAUAUUACAUUUUUAAUUCAAAAUUUAGUAUGUUGGGAACUUGGGAUUGUACAGACUUUAUAAAGCAUACUUUGUAGUCUAUAAAUGUUCAUUAAUAUCUUUUAAUAUUGACCAAAAAAUUUUGAUUGAUGGGUGGACUACAUAAAGCAUAUUAUGUAGUCCAUAAAUGUUCAUUAAUAUCUUUUAAUAUUGACCAAAAAAAAAAAAAAUGAUGGAUGGAUGGACAUCUAAAGGCUAAUACAGUCAAACUCAUUAUUGCAAAAUAAACCUCACCAGAGUGUCAACCAGAAUCGAGUAUUACAAAAAGCCACAAUAGUCAUAUGUCAUCGAUCCAUUAAGAGGUAAAUUCAGUGUACAUAGGCUUGCAAAUGUGAUGUUCACUGUUCUCUGAAAUCUGUUGUUGCAGAUUUUAGGUGUGAGUUGUUUGAAGUGUUUAACUUCAUAACAUGAUUACUCCUGACAUUUGUUGGUUUUAUCACAUGGGCAAAGUCCAUUGCUAGUGAGCUCCAGAUAGAGUUGUCUUGGUUCCUGACCAAAGUAUCCUGGCUUGCUCCAGUCAGAACUGUUUUUAAGUGUUUCAUGUGAAGAAUUAGUCCCUUCACAUAAAUUCUGACACAUUUAAUGUGUGACAAG